AUGGCCGUCUCUACUUCUUCACCACGAUUACAUUUCGAACCCGAUAGUGUACCAUUACCUACUUCCUCUGAUAACGCAGGACAAGCCGCUCCCGCAUUAUCAUCUUCGACAGCUCUCGCCCGCUUUGAAUUCGAAUCCGGUCGAGGAAAUGAAGGGACUAAAAUAUUGAUGGUGGAAUGGGAAGAUGAAUCUACUGAAGGAGCAAUCAAGAAUAUGGGAGAUUGGGAGGUAUCUUGGGAAGGAAAAAGUACCGUUUUAGCUGCACGAGAUGGAGCAGAAGGGAAACUUCAUCGACUCUACUUUCUACUGGCUCCUGGGGCCUGCAUACCAAGAAUCAUAAAACUAUCACAAGUGGGAGGGAAAAUAAUUCAAACGAACCCACUACCUGCAAUAUUUCCGCCCGAAUUAGGAUCGAGUGCGCGGCAAGCUGGACGAAAGGGUGUAUUACAUACUGUGUGGGCGAAGAAAAGAAUAUCUGUCUUGCAAAAAGAAAUCGAUGCGGAGAUGAAAACGAAUGGGGAGGGAGUAGGUCUAGAAAUGGCUAUGCAAGAAAAACAAUGGAUCGAAGAGAACUUUGGGGUUGGUCCAAAAAUUACACAACCGGACAUACAAAAUAAUGCUACACUGACUAGUCCAAAAACACCUGGUGGAGGGAGAUUAUCCGAGAAGCUUAAGGGGUUGAAAUUAGGGACUAGUGCACACGAUUUGAGUAAGAUUUCAGGUAUGUACAAAGCCAUAGAUUCACAAAUCAAGAGUAUGAGACUAAAUAUCAUAGAAUCUAAAUUCGAAGGUCAUUCAAACCCACUAUCUCCAGAACAGGGUGAUGUCGCUGUGUCAUCAUUCUCCUUAUUUCACGGAGCAACCUCCCGCCCUCAUCCACCACGCCUUGUCGCUCAAAAACCGAACAAUCGUUCCUCGCAACACGGAAUGAAUUCUCUAAACGCUGUUGCACUCGAUGAUAUGCCACAAGAGACAUUCGAUGAAGAUCAGACAGAAGAUGAAUUAUUUGCCAUCAAAAUGAGUCCAAGAAGUCCGGAGAUGACAAGGAGUCCUUUUAGUUUUGCAACGAAGGAUGUGGCAUUGAGCAUGACCCAAAAGGAAUAG